CACGGAAAGUUUCCGUGCCUCUUCCCGCAAACGCGCCACAUUAAUUUAUCAAAAACAACGACCUUUUAAACUUUCAACGUCUUUCAAAAUGAGUUUGCCCUCAGAUGCCGAUUUUGAUAAAAAGAAUGGAGUUAUUGACGCAGAGACGCCCCCGCACACAGAGCUGGCGGCCCUAUAUAAGCAGAGCUUCGCCUACUACACCUUCCGCGUGCGACUGCCAUCGACUUUGGCCACAAUUGCCGCAUCGCUGGUCAAGGACAAAGACGAGCUUUUGGCCACAUAUGGUGCAGACGCAGGAGCGGAUAUUGAGCGAAAUGCAGCGGCUGUCACGCAGCUGCGCGAGGACAUUCUCAGCAACGGUCCCCUGUUGCCCUUUGAGGGCAAGGAUGCCGAUGCGCAGAUGUGGAACGCAUUCCUAGAGAAGCUACCCAGGGAGAAGCGCAGCUACUUCACUGCCUGCUGGCUGUAUUCCGAAUGCUACAUGUACCGCAAGAUCGCUGCCAUUUUCCAGGCCACACCGCGUCUGUCCGCCUUUGACUACUUCAGGGAGCAGAAGCAAACUGCGGCUAGGCUCAGUGUCGAUGCCAUGCUGGCCGUGGCAAAGGCCACACGCCACAACGAGAGAAACUCAGAUACCUUCCGGCAGCUUAUCAAACUCAAUUUGUGGGGCAACCGAUGCGAUCUGUCCAUCACGUCGGGCAAGCAGGUGAAACCCACUGGCAAUGCCUUCGAUCAGAUCACAGAUCUGGAAUCCAAGCUGCUGAUAGACGACACUGCCGCCAUUUGGCAGGCAAUCGACGGAGCCUCCGGGGAUGGAAUUGUCGAUAUAAUCUUCGAUAAUGCCGGCUACGAAGUUUACACGGACCUCAUUCUGGCCGAAUACAUUAUUGACAAGGGACUGGCGGCGAAGGUGCGAUUCAAUGCCAAGGCCAUUCCCUGGUUCAUAUCGGACGUGAUGGCUCACGACUACCAUUGGACACUCCAGUUCCUGGCAGACCACCCAGAUGCUGUGCUUAGUGAGCUCGGCAAGAAGUGGCAGCGUUUCACAGCCGAAGGCAAGUUCGAGCUGUCCCCGCUCGAGCACUUCUGGACAAGUCCCUGCGAGUUCUACCGCAUGCGCGAGGAGAAACCAGACCUCUAUGCGCGACUACAGGAGGCGCAGCUGGUAAUAUUCAAAGGCGACCUCAACUAUCGCAAGCUUCUGGGUGAUUUCUCUUGGCCCAGCACGGAAUCGUUUGACACCUGCCUGAGGGGCUUUCGUCCCUCGAAUCUGUGCACUCUGCGCACUGUCAAAGCUGACCUGAUUUGCGGCCUGGGGCAGGGAGUCGCCGAGCAACUCUUUGCCAAGGACAAGGAAUGGAUGCUCACAGGGGAGUACGGCGUCAUACAGUUUGCGAGCAAGUAAACCAAAGACUAGGAUACAGAAAGGAAUAGUUGAACUGUUGUAAUCAUAGAAAUUAGCUAAAUUAUUGAUGUACAGCUUUUGGCAUUGUUAUCGCUUCUUCCCACAUCAGAGAUUUCCCCCCCAAAGGGAAUAGUUCAAAAAUAUACUCGUCGAAAACGGCACAGUUUGGAA